AUGCCGGCCACACCUAUGUCCACACCUAUCAACGUACACUCCAGUUCAAACCCAGUCACCUUAACACCAGAACUCCAUAUCACUACCAUACCUCUCACUUUAGAUGCGGCAAGAUCGAUAUUAGAGCUAACCAUGUCUACGCGCAGCAGCUCCAAUCAAACGCCUGUAUCGAUACCACUUACUGCGUACCCGAAGAUACUCCUAGCCAUUGACCAAUGCUAUCAAUGCGGCAUUUUUGGUCACCGCGAAUGGGAAUGCGCGGAGAAGGGCCUUCCAAGAAGAGCCGAAGCGGUAGCAGACUGGCGCCGUACGACUAACGGCAAGAUAUACAGUUUGAAGGCUUUACUCGGUAUGCCUCCUUACCAAAAGUGGACUCUGGCAUCUUUGUCCGAAACUUUGUCAAAGCAUCAUAUGUACGAUAGUCCUUCGGCCACACCCACUCCCGCCAUCUCUGGCCGGAUGAAGAAAAUGGAGGUCGAAACGAUUGUGAUUGACACCCCAUCGCCAACCCCGGCUCCAGCACCCGUCGCGUCAACUUCAUCAUUAACAAUGGAGACUAUGGGAGGUACAUCAGGUCGAUCAAAGGCCACUACAUCAUCCAACAAAGGUAACAAUUCGAAGGUGACGCCCUGGGGCGAAUGGUCCAAGGAUUGGAGUUGGAGACCGUUAUUUGAUGAGAUUCCUUCAGCAGUUCCGUGA